GGAGGCAGACGCUGGGAGGGCUGCCCCGCCGGCUCUGGGCAAGCAGAGAAAGGCGGUUGGUUGACUCCAGAGCUGUUGUCCAGACCUUUGCGCAUUCCCCUCCUGUCCCUUGACUGCUGUUCCAUUACGAGGAGAACGGCACCCACAGGGAAGGCGAGCUCCGUGCUCCCUGCCCAACGGCCAGCUCUGGGGCUCUUUGCCUCACCGCUGACAGACGCGUCUUUCUCAUUUCAGCCCGAUAUUUCUCCUGGCAACUGCUGGGCUUUCUCAGGAUCUCGGGGCCACGUGGUCAUCCGGCUGCCGGAGGAAAUCCAGCUUGCGGCUCUCACCAUCUGGCACAUCUCCGAGGCAUUCUCUCCCUCCGGGGAAGUCAGCAGUGCCCUCAGAGAGUUUGCCGUCUCGGGAGUGGAUGAGGCCAGCGGCGAAACUCUCCUGGGCUUAUUCGUUUACAAUGUGGACGGAGAGAUUGCCCAGACCUUCCACCUGCAGAUAUGGCGAGAGGAGCCCCGCAAAGCCUUCGGCCGUGUCAAACUGGAGGUGUGGAGCAACUGGGGAAGCGCAGAACACACCCGCGUGUACCGAGUGGAAAUUCACAGCAACUCGUAAAAGACAGCAGAGAUUUGUUAGAAGGAAAGCUUAAAAUAAAAUCUUUAUGAUUUUCUGCC